AUGUGCGUGUCCCUCAAGUCUCAGGAUCAGUACAUACCAAGCCUGGUACUAGAUGCAUCGUGUACCUCAGUAUACAAUCUGCACAGAACCAUGCAAGAGGUGAACACACCAUGGGUUUUAGGAAACCAUCGUUCCUCCUACUCCAAGGGACGCCGGCCAGGACCAGAGUCGGGGAAGUGGGGCCCGAUUCACACACCCCGGCCUAAAACUCUCUCGGACCCGAAACCGGGCGAACCCGCCCAGUCAUCUGAAGCUCCAAAAACGCCCGAGGGGGUCCCGCCCCCGCAGUGCCGGCCGCACACCCAGGCCCAGCUCCAAGGGACGCCGCGGCCCAGACCCGGGGGGCGCACAUCCUCCACGGCCGACCCUGCCCGCUUGGGCCGCGGAUCGGGGGGCGACGGCCCCACCACGCUCAGUCCCGCGCCCCGGGAGGACCCGGCCCGACGGGCGACGGCCGCUCACCUGAGGACCCGGCCGGGGCGGGGAGCCCGAGGGGAAAACCCGCAGCCGCGCGCAGCCAGGGAGGCGGGAGCGGGAGCAGUAGGCCCCGCCCACAGAGGAGGGGACCGCGCCGGAAGCCCCCUGCUUUGUGGGAACCGGAGGGAGGACAGCGCAAAGUCCCUGGACAAAGGUUGGCGCAUAAGUCCAGCUCAUAACUUCGAUUUUAAAUGUAAAACGUUUUACUUGGAAGAGGAAGACAAGGCAAGUGAGGUUGCCAUUGAGGAAGAAAAAGAAGAGGAUGAAAGUGAAGAAGAUUCAUCAGACCACGACGAAAAUGAAGAUGAGUUUAGUGAUGAAGAAAACUUACUAAAUAGCACAAAGGCUAAACUUCUAAAGUUGACAAGCAGCAGCAUAGACCCUGGUCUGAGUAUCAAGCAGUUGGGUGGUUUGUAUGUUCAUUUCAAUGCAGAUAAACUACAGUCUAACAAGAAAACUCUAACACAGAUCAUAGAGAAGAAGAAAAAUGAGCUUCUGCAGAAAGCCGCCAUUACACCUGAUUUUGGAAAACACUGCUGUGUUCCACCAUAUAGUGAAUCAAAGUAUCAACUUCAGAAAAAACGUAGAAAAGAAGGACAAAAAACAGCAGGGGAUGGCUGGUUUGGUAUGAAAGCUCCAGAAAUGACAAAUGAACUGAAAAAUGAUCUCAAAGCACUGAAGAUAAGAGCCAGCAUGGACCCGAAAAGAUUUUACAAGAAAAAUGAUAGAGAUGGCUUCCCCAAGUACUUCCAAAUUGGAACCCUUGUUGACAAUCCAGCUGAUUUCUACCAUUCACGAAUUCCCAAGAAGCAAAGGAAAAGAACUAUUACGGAAGAACUGCUGGAUGAUUCUGAGUUCAGAAGAUACAACCGAAGGAAGUACUCAGAGAUCAUGGCUGAAAAAGCAGCAAAUGCGGCAGGAAAAAAGUUCCGAAAGAAGAAGAAAUUUCGCAAUUAAGA